GCUGAGGAGCAGCCGCUCGCCGGAGCCCGCUCGCCCUGUGCGCUCUCGCUCCGGCUCUCGCUGCGCCUCCGAGGGCGCACGGUGCGUCGCGCUGGAGAAGGGACCGGCGCCGGAACUGCCGGCCGCCUUCCAGCUCUUCGUCGCUGCCUGCCCCCACCCAGGAUGCUGCCCCCGUCCCGGACCCAGCUGGGGCUUUUCUUCAUCCUGCUCUGCCCGGCCAACAUCAUCGGGCUGUGGUGGGCAGUGGGCAGCCCAUUGGUCAUGGAUCCCAACAGCAUCUGCCGGAAGACCAAGCGGCUGGCUGGGAAGCAGGCUGAGCUGUGCCAGACGGAGCCUGAGAUCAUGCAGGAGGUGGCCAAGGGGGCCAGGCUGGGCGUGCGGGAGUGCCAGUACCAAUUCCGCUUUCGUCGCUGGAACUGCACCAGCCACAGCAAAUAUUUCGGCAAGAUCCUACAGCAGGAUAUCCGGGAGACAGCCUUUGUCUAUGCCAUCACAGCGGCCGGAGUGAGCCAUGCCGUCACCCAAGCCUGCAGCAUGGGCGAGUUGCUGCCAUGCGGUUGUGAGGCGACUCGGAGCCGGUCGCCUCCUCUUCCCCCCGCCAUCACAGGGUCAGAGGGCUCUGCUUGGGAGUGGGGCGGCUGCGGGGAUGACGUUGACUUUGGCUAUGAGAAAUCCCGCCAGUUCAUGGACGCUAAGCGUAAGCGUGGCAAGAGCGACAUUCGAACUCUCAUUGACCUGCACAACAACGAAGCAGGACGCCUGGCAGUGAAGAACCACAUGCGGACAGAGUGCAAGUGUCAUGGACUUUCAGGUUCCUGUGCGUUACGCACCUGCUGGAAGAAGAUGCCCCCUUUCCGGGAGGUGGGAGACCGCCUCCUUGAACGCUUUAAUGGGGCUUUUAAAGUGAUGGGCGGCAACGAUGGCAAGACACUAAUCCCUGUGGGAUGGAAUAUCAAGCCCCCGGACCGGCAGGACCUCAUCUACUCUGCCGACUCGCCUGACUUCUGCGUGGCUAACCGCAAGACGGGUUCGCUGGGCACGCGCGGACGAGUCUGCAACAGCACCGCCAUGGACAUGAGUGGCUGCGACCUGCUAUGUUGUGGGCGUGGCCACCAGGACGAAACACUUCUCCUGGAAGAGAACUGCCUUUGCCGCUUCCAUUGGUGCUGCGUGGUGCAGUGUCGGAAGUGCACAGUGCGCAAGGAACACAGCUUAUGCAUUUGAGUGGGUACAGAAAGGACACUGGGCAGGGAUGGCCCAGAGCAUGAGGGCAAGGAUGGUGCCCAACUUGCCACAGAAUCCAAAGACAGGAAGCAUAAUCAAGCCUGCUAUGGGUAUGAGGGGACAUGGAUCAUUCUGGACUGCCUUGGAUCCCCAGAGCAUGGAAAUAGAUUGUUUCUGAAACCUUGAUGCCCUGCAGUUUCCAGCACUUGUUGGCUAUAACCUCCUCUAUGGCAGGCCCUGUGCCGCCAUUACUCAUUGGCUGGACAUACACUCCUGAAGAUGGGAGACUGGUGUCAUCUGACAUUUUUCCAUCACCAUCCCCAGCAUCUUGGUCCUAUGUGGGUCUCUGACUAUAGGCCAUGCACAGUUUCCCUGGAGGGAAGUGUUGUGCCUCAUUUAUUAAUGGAUCUUUCCUGUGUUUGAGAGAACAACAGAGGUUUCCCUGAGCUUGACUGCUCACUCCCAAGGCUUCUUUGCCCCCCCUUCAUCUGGGGCUGCUGUUUCUCUCUGCAUUAA